AUGGAACCUUGGACGGUAGCUUUCGACGGUUUUAGCACCAUGGGGGCAGCCGGAGCAGGCGUGAUAAUCCAUAACCCAGAAGGAGAGGUGUGGCGUUUUGCGCACCAACUCUCGCAAGGCGUUACCAAUAACCAGGCUGAAUAUGAAGCUUUAUUGUUGGCUUUACGCUUCCUCGUGGCCCGAAAAGUUAGGAAGGUAGUCAUCCGCGGGGAUUCUCAAUUAGUUGUCCGACAGGCCCUUGAAGAAUUCAAGUGUAAAGAUCCGCAGCUUCAGAUCUUUCUUCGCGAAGUCCAUAGUCUUCUACAACAACUUACAGACGUAGUUUUAGAAGAUAUACCCCGAGGUGAAAAUGAUGAAGCGAACAACUUGGCGCAGUGUGUGUCCGGUUUCAGAAGGAGACACAUACCUCGGGAAGGCGAAUGCUCACAGGUCGAUAGGCCAAGUCUGGAUUGGUGA